GAAACUUUUACGCACCCAAAAAUACAAAAAAUAAUAAUUCGGCUUCCUCUGUUGUCACCUUACAUAGAGAUCCAUAAGUGUGUGUGUUUAAGAUUUUGGUGGCCAGUGUCUGAAUGGAGUGUGAAUGGGAAAACUUAAUAUCUUUUGGUACUUCAUCAGCUGAAAUUCAAAGAAAGCUACGACCAAUGGAUUGGGAAACUGAUGAGUUUGAUUGUAGCUUUGCUACAACUGCGUAUGGUGGUUCUGGUCUAGCUCAUGCUUUCUCUAAAAGCUCAAAGUCAACUUCAUCAGCUGAAGUGAAAACACUCAACUUCACAUCAGAAGAGUUGGGGAGCAGUGAAGAGUUUACUAAAGGAAUCAACACAUCUCCGAGUCUUCAACUUUCCUUUGGCUCUGGUGAUCCACUUCUUGGUUUAAAGCUUGGUAAGAGAACAUACUUUGAAGACUUUUGGGAAGUGGAGAAUGCCGCCAGAGGCUCGGCACUUCCGGUGAGACUUGGGUCAUCAUCUUCUGCUUCUCCGGUGAAGAGAAUUAAAUCUGUUUCUCAGAAGUUACAAACUCCUCGUUGCCAAGUUGAAGGAUGUAACCUCGAUCUCUCGUCAGCUAAAGACUAUCAUCGGAAACACAGGAUCUGUGAAAACCAUUCAAAGUUCCCUAAAGUCGUUGUGAGUGGUGUAGAACGUCGGUUCUGCCAACAAUGCAGCAGGUUUCAUUGUCUGUCUGAGUUUGAUGAGAAGAAACGUAGCUGUCGUAGGCGUCUCUCAGAUCACAAUGCAAGACGUCGCAAGCCAAAUCCUGGGAGGACAUAUGAUGGGAAACAACAGAUGGAUUUUGUAUGGAACAGAUUUGCUCUUAUCCAUCCAAAAAGUGAGGAAAAUUUUCUAUGGCCAAAUCCAAAACCUAUACCAUCUAGUGGGUUGAUACAGCAACCUGCAAAGACUAGAGCUGAGUUGUUCAGUAAAGAAAAGGUUACAAUCUCUUCAAGCAUGGGUGCUUCUCAAGAUCUUGAUGGUGCUCUCUCUCUUCUGUCAAAUUCAACAUCAUGGGUUCCCUCGGACCAGCCACCACGGUUUUCCCUUGCUCACCAACCCACAGCCAACCUCCAAAUCAUGGCUCACCGGUCUGUGACUCAACUCAGUACGGUGUCCGACUAUUGGCAGCCGGACCCACCAGCUGUUGAAGGCCCAACCGGUCUACAUAGAAACGGGGUAGGCCAGUUUAAUGAGAACUGCUUCAGCUUGAACCAGUUUUAUAACUGAAUAUGUAUUGCCUGGAAAUCCUAAUAAGAGUUUGUCGAAGGAUCAUACACGCAUGCAUAGUGUUAACGUUAAUAUAGGAGAUGUGAAACUUGCUAAGACGCCAAAUCCUCUCUUCUUUCUUUUGUCCAUUGAUUUUUUUGGGGGUUGAGAAAGCUGUGACAAUUAGUCUUAUAAAUCUUGUCAUAUUGGUAUACAUUAGAAUUUUCAUAUUUGGUACUGGUGUAGCAAACUACAAAAUUGAUCAAACGCAUGAUGAUGUAUA